UUUGUCUUGUAAAUCUCUACAGGUGCUAUGGGUAUCUCUUGUGAGGAUUUGUUCUAUUGGACCGCCCCGUCUCAAAGCGGCAUGUGUGCUUCUAUUCCAACGGCUGCUUUCAUUGGAUUUGGGGAACGAAAUAGUUUCUCGACUAGUAUUUGAUGUGAUCAUGGCGACCGAGGAAUUCAUUCAGGAACAGAACAAGUCGACUGCCGGAUUACAAGCAUUACUUCAAGCUCAUGAAAGUUGCCUUAAGGUAUUAAUGGAGCUACUCGAGGAUAUGGAACAUAAAAAAUCAUUUGAUGGCAUAGCUGUUUCCAUCAUUGUAUCGUGGGGUAUUCGUGCUGCCGAACUGGGCUUCCUUCAUCCUGUCAUGCCUGCGCGCUUUGAAAUCGUCACCACAGCCGUCACGCGUCUUUUAAGCCGUUUGACAGGAGAUUUCAACGAAGAUCAUAUGAAGCUGAUAAAUGUGCUGGCUGAUCUCACUCAGAAACUGGUUGAGCGUUUACUUCUUCUCGAACCAAUUAAUAACGGCGAUAUUGUUGAGAAUUUGCAUUCGUAUUAUUCGUUUCUGCUCAACGUCGAUUUGAUCUCAUCGCAAAGUGUUCGAGGAGAAUGGAUAGCGUCAUAUUGUGAAACACGUUGGCAAACUCUUUUACGCGAUGGAAAGCAUGGCGAUGCAAUGAAAAUCAGACGAAUCGCAACGGCGGCGUUGGCGUUGUGUAGUGGCAGAAACGCAUCUUCAGUCUUCAUGAAUAUCCUACCGACAGAGCAACAACUCAUUCAUGUUCUCGAAGCUGCUUCUUCCUUAGGACCUGCCGCUUCCGGAGUUUUCCUGACUGUUUUCGAAAUCGUCGGUGAUUUGGUCUCUCGUCACACGAAAUUUCCUCCGACCGCUUCUGUUGCUUUUCUCUCCUUUACCUUGGCUCAUGGAUCCCGAGCUGCAACUGCAAUCCAGCGACAUAUGACAUCGUUGCCUCUGUUGAAGGAAAUGAAUCGUCUAGCCAAAACGCACGCCAUUAGUGCAAGCGAUGAUAUCUUGGAGUAUACACUAUCCGCUUUAUCAUCUGUACAUGGAUUUUGUGACUGGCGUCGCACGAUCUUGCUUUCAGCAAUGUCUUCUCAUCGGCCAGCGUUAGUCCAGGUAAUUUGA